GACCAGCAGAGGUCCCUAAUGGUCAUUGUGUUAAAAACUCUUGAGUAAUUUACUAUUUUUCAGCACAAUUUGGUGAAAGCCCAAAAGGCUUCAGAAGUCCUUGGUUUCCACAUCAUUAGGCUUUAGCUUUCUGGUUCUGUUGCUCGUUGAUACUUGUAUCGGUUGGCUCUGGUCUUGAGAGCGGCACGCAGCCUGGGAGACGGUGCCGCCAGUCAAGCGCUGUUUAGGGCUUGGACGCCCCACGAACAUUGCUUACAGGAAGAGGGUGCAGUGGAUGAGCAGCUGGACGCUGGUUAACGUUAGACCUAAAAACAGGGAGGGCAAUAUUGAUACAUUCUAAAUUAUGGAGUUAAGACGGACAAACCCAGCGUGCAAUUGUGUUUUACUAUGUGGAAUAACCUUAUGUCUUAUUUUCGGUAUAAAUCGAACAUUCGCUAUAGAGUUGUACGCCCCGGCGGAAGUGCUGGUUGAGAAUGGCACCACGGGGAUCCUCAAGUGUUCCUUCAAGUCCAGGGAAGUGAUCAGCAGUGCAGCCACAGUCAUCUGGUCGUUUUGCCCGGCGGGAUCCGAUGCCGGAAGCGCUGUUUCCAUUUUCUAUUACACUUCUGCAAACCACUACCCAGGGAGUGUGGCUCAAUUCAAAGACAGGGUGAAAUGGGCGGGAGACCUGAACAAAAAAGAUGCCUCAGUCCAUUUAAUUGAGGCGCAGUUCAACGACAAUGGCACCUACUCAUGUGCCGUGAUUAACCCGCCUGACAUAUCUGGCACUGCCGCUCAGACACAGCUCAAGGUCGUCAUCAAAGAGUCUCUCCCUCAAGACAACACGGCCGUCGUAGUGGCCGCCGUGUGUGGCGCCGUCAUUGGGCUUAUCCUCAUCUCUGUGGUUACCUGCCUGAUCAUCAAGAGGCAUCAAACCACCCAUGAAUACGAAGGCUGCACGUCAGUGGAGAGUGUGAGCUCCCACGCCACACGCCCGGGGGGGAAGAAACCAGAGUCCAGCUUGGAGGGCUCCAGGUGUAGCAGCCACUCCACCCCGGUCCAGGUAGGAGCUACAGGACCGGUGAUAUACGCCCAGUUGGAUCACACAGGCACCAAGAACCCCAACUCAUUCCACAAGAUGGAGCCAGUGGUCUACGCUGACAUAAGGAAAAACUGAAGAGAACUGGAGACCAAAAUGGACAGGCCACCAUAGCACGCUGCUUUGGGAUGGGUGGAUGGGGGUUGUUUAAAUACAAGGUUAGAAUUUAUGCUGUUUUGAAAGAUUGUUUUUUUGUCAUUAAUUUGUCCUUUUGUCUGCUGAAAGCAUUCAUUGCAUGUUCAUGUGUGUGGUAAAACAGUUACGCUACCAAGGAUUAAUACAAUACCGAGAUUAGAGAAGCACUGUCUUCAGAAAGUAUUCAUACCCCUUGAUGUCCUCCACAUUUUAUUCUGUUACAGCCUGAAUUCUAAAUGGAUAUGUUUUUUUUUGUUUUACCAAGCUACCCACAAUACCACAUGCCAGUGAUAACAUGUUUUUGUUAGCAAAUUUAUUGAAAAUGAAAUACAGAAAUAGUCGAUUUACAUAAGUAUUCACACCCCUCUGUCAAUACAUGUUAGAAUCACCUUUGGCAGUUAUCACAGCUGUGAGUCGUUCUGGGUAAGCCUCUAAGAGCUUUACACACCUGAAUUGUUAAGUAUCUGCACAUGUAUUAUUUAAAAAUUCUUACAUUUCUGUCAAGUUGGUUGUUGAUCUUUGCUAGACAGCCAUUUAAGUUUUACCAUAGAUUUCCAAGCCCAUUUAAGUCCAAACUGCAACUAGGCCAAUCAGGAAUAUUCAAUGUCGUCUUGGUAAGCAACUCCAGUGUAUAUUUGGCCUUGUGUUUUAGGUUAUUGUCCUACUGAAAAGUGAAUUUGACUCCUAGUGUCUGUUGGAAAGCAGACUGAACCAGGAUUUCCUCUAGGAUUUGUGCCUGUGCUUGGCUCUAUUCCGUUUAUUCCCCCCCCCACAAAAACUCCCUAGUCCUUACCAAUAACAAGCAUGUUACCUGUAACAUGAUGCAGCCACCACCAUGCGUGUUACUCAGUGAUGUGUUGUCGGAUUUGCCCCAAACAUAUCUCUCUGUAUUCAGGACAUAGUUAAUUUCUUUGCCACAUGUUUUGAAGUUUUACUUUAGUGCUUUAAACAAAAUGCAUGUUUUUGAAUAUUUUUAUUCUGUACAGGCUUCCUUCUUUUCACUCUGUCACUUAGGUUAGUAUUGUGGACUAACUACAAUGUUGUUGAUCCAUCCUCAGUUUUCUCCUAUCACAGCCAUUAACUGUUUUAUAGUCACCAUUGGACUCAUGGUGAAAUCCCUGAGCGGUUUCCUUCCUCUCUGGCAACAGAGUUAGGAAGGAAGUCCAUGCAACUUAUGUGUCUUGUUAAGCACAUUUUACUCCUGAACUUAUUUAGGCUUGCCACAACAAAGGGGUUGAGUAAACUCAUUGUAAAAAUGUAUGACAACAUAAUUCAACAUUGACAUUGUGUGUAGACCAAUGACACAAUCUCAAUAUAAUAUUUUUUUAAAUUCAGGCUGUGAAUACUUUCUGAAGGCACUGUCCAUUAACUGCAUGUGUAGAAAGUGUAAAAUACAUAGGCUUUGGUUGUGAUUUUGUUUUACAAUCCAGGGACCAUGAUAACAUGUUAACCAUCAGCUCAGUCCCAACACAUUGGAUGUUAAAUUGAUGGUUUAGAUAUAGGAUAACUGAAAUGCAUUGGUGUUUUGUCUGCAAUCAUGUUGCCUUCACAAAAUUGUUACCUUGUAACAUAUUUAGAUUAACUCCAUAUAUCACGCCGGUAUACAGCCACGGAAAGCCUCAUGGUGAAAUUACUUUGGUGUAUUGUCCUAUAGGUUGGCACAUUGCAUUGAUAUAUCCAUGACUAAAACCCUACCUGCCACUGGCUUAGAAACUGAACUGUUAAAUGGAAACAUAGACAAUGACCAUUUUUUUUGACAUUGCUUUUAUUGAAUAGAUAUUAUACACUGUUUACAUGUAAUUUAUUAAUUAAGCACUAAUUAUGACAAAAACCCUGUUUGACAUAUUUUGGUUUUGACAUCUGUUUUAGAUUUCGUGAUCAUGUGAGACUGAUAAUAUCAUGUGCCAAAUAUCUUCCAUUAACAACUCUACUUUGACGUUUCACUGUGCUUUAAAUAUAUUCAAGGUUCACAUUAUAAGUCUUUAUUUUAUGUUACAAAGCCAAAUGUUUCUAUUCCAAUGAGUCAAUCAUGUUUGAUGGAAGAGAUGCAUUAGUAGUCCGUUUAAAGAGCAACUGAACGUAAUAAGCAACUUUCCCUUUUGAGAAGAGGCUAUGUGGCGUCUAUGAGUCAAACAUUUAUUUUAGUGUCAGAAUUGACAACAAAGUGUAAAUAGGAUAAUUUGGGUCAAAGUCAGUCUCUUACAAAACAGAUUUGUGAGACAAUUUUUUCCUAAUUAUAUGUCAUGGAAUGAAGGGUACCAUAAACUCAACCCCAGGAUAACUGUUAUUGCAAACCUGUCCACAGCUGGAAGUGCCCAAGUAAUCAUUAAUUUGGAGCGCAGCUGCACGUGACCUGAUAUAAUGUUCAUGUUGAAUUUGGUUUGACAUUAGAUAUCCUUAUGAGCGUAGUUGGGGACCAUCAGUGAAUUACACAAUGUACAUGGGACAAUAUUUUUAAAUGCAAAUAGCUCCAAAUGUCAAUGACUUGACCUCAAACCAAGUGUAAAUUGUUGAAAUUCAUGUACAAAUAUUCACAGCAAUUAAUGAGACAAUUAAAAGGUGUGCAACAAGAAAUGUUGGUUCCAUUUAUAUAGUGUAAUUUAUUGACAGUCCCUAACUAGCCCCACAGAUGGGCUAUCCAAAGUCAAACCAAUUUUGCCAAGGUCUCACACCAGCUAGCUGAAGCUAAUUGGCAAAUUAAGUUGACCAGCUUGCUAGCUAGGCUAGGCUACUUCCAGACACAAUACCUGGUUACACUGUUUCAAGUUAUCUAGAAAGGUGAGUGACUGUAACUGUGUACUGUUCCGGUAGAGUGAAAGUGCAAACUCUUCCCAUGUUCAAAACACACACUAGACACCCACAUCAAAGCUCGUUUUCAGUCGCAUUUCCUAAUGAGGAGAAUUGAAACCAAGUCUAAAUCAGGACAUUCAACCCCUCUUAAUGUUUUCCUUGAUUUCUAAAUGCAGUUGUUUUACCCCGACCAACAUUUAUGUAUAUGGAUAGUUUAAUGUACGUCAAAUAUAGUGCUCCUUACUGUAAUCCAUUCCUUUCUGCUCAAUGGUAGUAUCUCUUGGUGUUUUAACAAAAUAAUCAAUUAUGUGUUUCAGAAUUCCAAUUUAAAAUUGUGUAUCUUUUAUUUUUAUUAAAUGCUCUGUCUUGAUGCUGAGCCCUCCACUGUCAUGUCUUAAAAAUCCAUCUUUAGUGUUUUUAACUAUGUUUUCGCUGUUGACAAAAUGGUUUUGAUCACCGUAAGAGUGCUAGAGGAAGAGUAAUUUCUUUAUUCCAAAACUGCCUUAUCCACUAGUCCUGCAAAAUAUAGCAAAAGUUAUUGACAAUUUACAUUCCAAAAAAUACAUAAAAUACUGUAGCUUAUCUUGUGCUUAUGCAGUAUUAGAGGGUGUGUGUGUGUGGUAAUAGUUAAGGUAGUAUUGUCCUUAAUGCAUUAUGAAAAAGCGUUUUGUUUACAGUCCGCUCAGAUUCUAAAAAAUUACGGUGUCAGUUUACAAAACCCAUUCCACUGUUACGUGUCUUAAGUGUGAAGUCGUACUUUUAGCAAUAUAGUGUGUGUCAUUUGGUGCUUGUUUAUAUAAUAUUGUAUGUUGCAAAACCUGCACUAUAUCCCGCAUAUCAAAGACCACAAGCACUAUAUGAUUUUAUUUUUCUUCUUCUGUUCGAUGUCUUAACUGGAAUGUAGUACAUUUAGUGCCUUUUGUAUUUCAUCUACCAUCUUGAACACCUGCUCUCGCUCUUUUAUUGUUUUCUAAUUUAUUUACUUCCUUCAUUGUAUGUGUUUUUUUAUACAUAUAGAAAAACAAACCUCUGUAUCUGAUGUUCAAAUGUUAUAUAAAAGCCAUUUCCUGA